AUGAAAACGUGGAAGAAAAUAUUUGAUUUAAAAAGUUUGGGAAUCGCGUGCAAUGAAAAUUUUAAAGAUGAUGAAGUUUUAAGGGAAUUCGAAAGCUCUAUAAAAAUGGUUAAUAGUCGCUAUGAAGUCAGUCUUCCGUGGAAUGAAAAUGUUGAAUUUUUAUCCGAUAACUAUGCCAUUGCCGAAGAGCGUUUUAAAAAAUUGGUUAAUAAAUUUAAUAGAAAUCCUUUCUUUCUUAAUCAAUAUAAGGAAAUCAUUUCGAAGCAUGUUGCUGAAGGAAUAGCCGAAAAGGUUGAUUCCAGUAUGUCUGAAAGUAAAUCUAAAGUUUAUUAUAUGCCUCACCAAGCAGUAAUUCGUGAAGAUCAAUUAACUACAAAAAUGAGAAUUGUUUUUGAUGCAUCUUCAAGUGUAAUAAACUCCGUUUUCCUUUUUGACUAUCUGAACCCCGAUCCGAAUUUAACGUCAGAUUUGUUGGCGUUAUUUCUGCAGUUCAGAUUGAACAGGGUUACCUUGACAGCUGAUAUUGAAAGUGCAUUCUUGCAGAUGGCAUUAGCACCGGAAGACAGAGAUGCUGUCAGAUUUCUGUGGAUUAAAGAUGAUACGAACAUGGAACCAGAAAAGCUGAGAAUGACGCGGGUUAGUUUUGGACUAAGGUCAAGUACAUUCUUGCUAAAUGCAACAUUGAAACACCACGUAAGUGAGUAUGAAAAAGACUACCCAAUUGCGUUCCAAAUCAUAAGUAACAAAUUAUAUGUUGAUGAUCUUAUCCAUAGUUUGCAAGAUGAAGGAACUGCCUUUAAAGUACAUCGACAGGGGAAGUUCGUUUUAGGAGGAGCUGGAUUUACCAUGAGGAAAUGGCGAACAAACACUCUACUUCAGGAUCGAUUCAAUGAGAAAACUGCUUUUGAUAAUUCGUUUUGUAAGGUACUCGGCUAUUGCUGGAAUUCUUUGGAAAAAUGUAUAAGCAUUGACAACGAAAUGUUGUUGAAUACGAAAAAUGCAUAUGAAUUCAAAUCGUCGAAAAGAAGUGUAAUACGAACUGCUGGAAAGGUGUUUGAUCCAACUGGACUCAUUUCUCCGUUCACAAUUAGGACUAAAAUGAUACUUCAAGAAAUAUGGAAGAGAAGGCUGAAAUAG